AGGGGGUCAUGGUGAAACCAAAGGAUGAAGCCGACUUGUACAAGUUAUCCUUUGUCAGCACUGACAGUGGUUUAAAUCUGAUUCAGGAUGAGGCCAAACUAAAAGAAUAUCCUCUGUCUGUGAGUGUUUCCGAAGAAGCCUACAGGAAAUCCUAUAACCACUCAGAAAAGGACGCAUUUGUUGGUGUUUUUCGUUUCCCAAAUAUGACCGGGGAAAAUUACACUGCUUUUUCCAGUUAUGUGUACGCCAUUGACAUGGGAACCAAUAUAUCCAAUCUCUCAGAACCCAUUCAAAUCAAAUACAACAUGAACCCACCGGAGGGAUUCAAUCUGUCUUGCCAAAGUUGGGAUGGAGAAGGGGCUCAACCCAUCUGGACAGACACAGGGUGUCUCACCAACAUAAGCAACAACGACGUGACAUGUGAAUGCAGUCAUCUGACCUUCUUUGCUGUCCUCAUGACGCCCCUUGAGCGGAACAUCUCAGCUUCUGAUUUGACGUCCCUGACUUACAUCACCUACAUCGGCUGUGGGAUUUCACUGUUCUUCCUGGGAAUCACGCUGUUUAUGUUCUGCUGCAUAAGGGCAAAGGCUAGCAAUGCCACCCAUGUCCUCAUCCACCUCCUCCUGGCACUCUUUCUGCUUGACCUCACCUUUCUGUCCAACGAGUCGAUUGCCGGCAUGGGCAGUGAUGUGGCAUGCAAGGUCAUGGGCGGAGUCAUGCAUUAUUCCAUGCUGUGUUCAUUCACCUGGUUUGCAGUGGAGGCUUUCCACCUCUGCCUGCAGCUGACUAGGUUUGCCACAGUGACCAUUGCCAACUACAAGCUGAAGCUCUGCUGCGUCGGAUGGCUUCCAGGUGCUGUGGUGGUUUUGAUCUUAUUCAGCUUGGGAACAUAUGGUGAACUAAAGAUUUACACUGACAGUGAAACUGUCGUCAAGAUGUGCUGGAUCACUGACUUACAAACUCAGUAUGUAGUGAACAUAGGCUACUACACUGUCAUCUUCCUCUUCACAUCCACCAUCUUCGUGGUGAUGCUCCGCUGGCUUUGCUACCUGAGAGGGUCAAAGUUCAAGCAGGGAGGCAGCACCAGAUCGCAGGACGUCAUCGCUGUCAUGGGCCUCUGUUGCAUGCUAGGCCUCACCUGGAGCUUCGCAUUCUUCAGUCAUGGACCCCUGCGGGUGCCGUCCUACUACAUUUUCUCAGUACUCAACUCUCUCCAAGGCUUCUUCCUCUUCCUGUACUACUACAACACCAGCAGCAUCAUCAGAGAAGGCGAAACCAACAGCUCAUCUUCCUCUUCGACUAAAACAUCCAUCUCAGAGUCAAAAAAUCCGUACAUGUGAAAUGGUUCAUUCUAUAGGGAAAAUGUCAGCAAUAUCAUUUCCCAAACAAAUACCUUUGGAGACAAACCUUGGAAUGUUGCCAGCCACACUGAUAAUGAAUUUAAAUAUGCAUUUAAAGCAACAACAUGCUAGCCUGGCCCCGUCCACCUAGAUCUUCUUUCAGGGAGAUCUAGUCUGGAACACCAUAGUUCAUAACCGUCUUCCAUAACCGAGAGAGGAAAACAUCAAACAAUGCAGUCGGAAAACUGCAGAAAUUUAUUUACAGCAAAGGCAGACCCGCAUACAUUGU